AUGGCGUCCAUUAAUAUUUCUUGCUCCUCGACUUCGCUUGCUCGUACUCGACUCUUUGGGGCCCCAUGUGGAAAUCCGCAAUACACGAAUGGUGUAGAAUCCUUAAGAAAGCCGCCGAGUGCUAAAGUAGGCUUAAGCAUCAAUCCCGGUGGGAAAAUUAAGCCGGCUCUGUUCUCUGGUGAACACGACUUUCGCCUUCACUCUACUGGAUUUAAUGACACAAGCAGCAUUCUUAUCAAUGAUGUGCCGGGUGGAGUUGAAGUACAGUCCGACUCUGUGGUAUUAGGAACACUCUCGGUUGACGUGUGCCCCAUCACGAGCGGGUUUCCUGCUGAAAAUGACGAGUUCGACCUCGACCAGCCCUCAGAAGGCUUCUCUUCCAUUGCAGAGGCUAUUGAAGACAUUCGGCAUGGAAAGAUGGUCGUGGUUGUAGACGAUGAAGAUAGAGAAAAUGAAGGGGACCUAAUAAUGGCAGCCUCGAAAGUUACGCCAGAGGCUAUGGCUUUCUUUGUGAAGCAUGGGACUGGAAUAGUUUGUGUGAGCAUGAAAGAGGAGGCUUUAGAGAGGUUGCAGCUGCCUUUAAUGGUAAACCAUCGGGAGAAUGAGGAGAAGCUUCGUACUGCCUUCACUGUUUCAGUGGACGCGAAAGAGGGUACAACGACAGGUGUGUCAGCACAUGACAGGGCAACUACAAUAUUGGCUCUUGCAUCGAAAGAUUCAAAGCCCGAGGAUUUUAACCGACCCGGGCAUAUAUUCCCGCUUAAGUACAGAGAUGGUGGUGUUCUGAAAAGAGCCGGGCACACAGAAGCUGCUGUGGAUCUUGCCAUGCUGGCUGGAUUAGGUGAUGCUGGUGUUUUGUGCGAGAUUGUUGAUGAUGAUGGCUCCAUGGCUCGAUUGCCUGCACUUAGGGAAUUUGUGAAUCGAGAAAAUUUGAAAAUUGUAUCUAUUGCCGACCUAAUAAGAUAUAGAAGAAAGAGGGAUAGAUUAGUUGAACAUGCAUCUGCCGCACGUAUACCAACUGCAUGGGGUCCGUUUACAGCCUAUUGUUAUCGAUCAAUCUUGGACGGGAUCGAGCAUAUCGCAAUGGUUAAAGGUGAUAUUGGUGAUGGAGAAGACAUUCUGGUGAGGGUGCACUCGGAGUGCCUCACAGGGGACAUAUUUGGGUCCGCCAGAUGCGACUGCGGGAACCAGCUGGCGCUCGCGAUGCAGCAGAUCGAGGCUGCUGGCAGGGGCGUUUUAGUUUAUUUACGUGGGCAUGAGGGAAGGGGAAUCGGUUUGGGCCACAAGCUACGGGCCUACAAUCUGCAAGACAACGGGCGAGACACUGUGGAGGCAAACGAGGAGUUGGGCCUGCCCGUCGACUCAAGAGAGUAUGGGAUUGGUGCACAGAUACUGAGAGACCUUGGGGUUAGAACCAUGAAACUGAUGACGAACAAUCCGGCAAAGUACGUCGGGCUCAAGGGUUACGGGCUGGCUGUUUCGGGCCGGGUCCCACUCGUGACCCCCAUCACCAAGGACAACAAGAGAUAUCUGGAGACUAAACGGGCCAAAAUGGGCCACAUUUAUGGGCUGGAUUCGAACGGCCACCCAGCCCUCAUCAACAACAAGAAUGCCCGCCCGGUUGGCGAGGCUCAAACUGUAGCUGAUUCGUAA